AUGAAGCUCGCCGCUGCUCUCGGGGCCAUAGGAGCCUCGAGCUUGCUCCUGUCUGGUGUGGGCGCUAUCCAGCUGGACGUCAACUCGCCCGACAAUAUCAAGUCGGCCGCAAAGGCGCUGUCCGCCAACAUGCGGUCCUACUACACCGGUGACCGUGUCGGCGACACACCUGGAAACCUGCCGGAUCCAUACUACUGGUGGGAGUGCGGUGCCAUGUUCAACGCCCUCAUCGACUACUGGUACUACACUGGCGACGACCAGUACAACGCCAUCACAACGCAGGCUCUGCAGCACCAGAUUGGAGACUACAGCGCCUUCAUGCCGGCCAACCAGACCAAGACGCUCGGAAACGACGACCAGGCUUUCUGGGGAAUGGCCGCCAUGUCUGCUGCGGAGAACAAACUACCCGACCUGGGAAGCGGUCAGCCUUCUUGGCUCGCCCUUGCUCAGGCUGUCUUCAAUACCCAAAAGGAUCGCUGGGACAACCAGACCUGCGGAGGAGGGUUGAGGUGGCAGAUCUUCACCUUCAACAACGGUUACAACUACAAGAACACCAUUUCCAACGGUUGCUUCUUUAACAUUGCUGCACGUCUUUACAAGUACCUUGGCAACGAUACGUACGCAAACUGGGCUGAACAGGCCUGGGACUGGGAGCUGUCUGUUGGCCUCAUGAGCCAGGACUACCACUUCUACGACGGUACCGACGACACCCAGAACUGCUCGACCAUCAACCACAUCCAGUGGACCUACAAUGCCGGUGUACACAUGGCUGGAGCUGCUGCCAUGUGGAACGUGACGCAGAGCGACCUCUGGAGGACUCGCCUGAAGGGUCUCAUUGACGGUGCCGGAGUCUUCUUCAAGGACAGCGUCAUGACCGAGGUCGCCUGCGAGAACAACGGCAAAUGCGAUGUCGACCAGCGUUCUUUCAAGGCCUACCUCGCCCGCUGGAUGGGAUACACUGCGCUCAUUGCACCAUGGACGCGCCAGUACAUUGACCCGCUGCUUCAGGCUUCGGCCAAAGCUGCUGCUGCACAGUGCAUUGGAGGCGCGAACCAGACCUCUUGUGGUCUUCGAUGGAUCGACAACGGUGUGAACGACGGUAGCUUCGGUGUUGGUGAGCAGAUGGCUGCCCUGGAGGUUGUUCAGGCUCUCCUUUAUCCCACAGUUGGCGGGCCUGCAACGCAAAACAACGGCGGUGUCUCCGCAUCCAACCCCAACGCCGGUGCAGAUGUGCCUCAGACGCCUGUCUCGUUCAACGCCGUAACGACCGGCGACAAGGCCGGCGCUAGCAUCCUGACCAUCAUCGUCCUGGUUUCUAUUGUUUCUGGUGCCUGGUGGAUGAUUUCAUAA